CACAGUUUAAGUAGCAACAUUCUUUUCCACCUUAUAUUGGUUUGUGCAGGAUGGUCGUAAAUGUAGUGGCGGUUGUUGGAAUGAAAAAUGGUAUAGAAGUACCCAAUUUUUUGUUUUCAGAUAUUCAGAAGCACUCUGUCAAAAUGUUCGCCCGAGAACUUACAAUUUCAGGACACCCACAUGUAGUGACCAAUGCGGAUGAUGAAAGAAAUAUAUAUUUGGAAGGGAGUAUGCCCCUCUUUCAGAAACAAUCGCAAAACUUGGUAAAAGUAGCCCCUGCACCAACAGACUUUUACAAAACCGAAUUGCGGGGAGGUAAAAUCAAUGCCUUCGAGAACGAAUCUUAUGAAUUUAGCAUUGUUAUCAACUACUUAAAGCCCGUCCUAAGAACGUUAAGAAUAUUGGGAUUGCUUCCGGUAGCGAACUCGGACCGAGGAUAUUUCGUGACCAUUCACUGGAUUGUUUAUUCUGUGCUUUUAUUAUUAUUUAUUAUGGGUUAUACAGCCUUUAUACAACUCCAUAAAGUAGAAGAGGCCAAAGCCGGAGAGGGGCGGUUUGAGGAAGCUGUUAUAGAUUACUUAUUUACAGUUUAUCUCAUCCCCAUAGUGACUAACGUCAUAGGUUUAUACGAGGCCAAGAAACAAGCUGAAGUCCUCAACCAGAUCAUAUCAUUCGAAAAAAUAUAUAACAGUACCACUAAGAAGAAAUUGGACCUAUUUCUCGCAAACAAACCACUUUUACUGUCCAUUGCUUUGCCUAUUAUUGGCAGUGGAAUUAUGGUGGUCACCCACGUUACUAUGUCAAACUUUGUCGUAUUUAAGGUAAUACCUUACUGCUACAUCAAUGUGGUAACUUACAUGUUAGGAGGAGCUUGGUACAUCUAUUGCAACAUCAUCGGCAAAGUCGCUACCAUCAUAGCUGAAGAUUUUCAACAGGCCCUCAAAAAUAUUGAAUCUUCAAUAAAAGUCGCCGACUAUCGUUCAAUGUGGAUGAUGUUGAGCAGGAUAAUACGAAAUGUCGGGAAUUCUUUCGGCUACGCGUUGCUAUUUCUCUGCUUGUACCUAUUUUUUGUGGUCACUCUGACCAUAUACGGAUUAUUGUCACAAAUUCAGAGCGGAAUGGGUACCAAGGAUAUAGGGUUAACCAUUACGGCCAGUUCGGCUGUGAUGAUGCUGUAUUUUAUUUGCGAUGAGGCCCAUUACGCUUCAGCUUGUGUCCGUACCAAUUUUCAAAAGAAAAUCCUUCUGGUGGAGCUGUCUUGGAUGGACGAUGAUUCGCAACAGGAAAUCAACAUGUUCCUAAGGGCAACCGAAAUGAAUCCUACAGACAUGUGUCUAUGUGGAUUUAUAGACGUAAACAGAAAUUUAUUUAAAUCGCUAUUGGCUACCAUGGUUACGUAUUUGGUAGUGUUACUGCAAUUCCAGAUAAGCAUUCCCGACGAUUCUCUCCCAGAUAAUAAUAAUACCACCACAACGUAAUACUUAUUUGCUGAUUUUGAUUUGUUAGUGUUUAAACAAAUGUUUAACCGAGAAACUAGAUAAUUUUACAAACUGAAAUUUGUUUAACAAUGCCGAUUUUACUAUCCUUAAUAUUCUGUCCGACUCGGUUAAAGAAAAAUUAUGUAAUGUUUCCGAGGUAUAAAAGGAUUUUUGAUUCUCAUCAUUACAAAUGUAUUGAUUAAGAAACAGGUUUUAAUACAACUUUAUAAUUUAUUUCCUAGGAACAUAAAUAAAAAAUAAAUAUCGUUAAAUUCAAACAAGAAGUGCGUGUGAAUUCUCUAAGUAUAAUAAUUAAUAAAAUUAAUUUUACAGACUCUGUAUAUUCUGAUAUAUUCACUCAGGCUUAGAGUGAAUAUAUCACAUGAAUCGAAGACCGCUC